AUGUCGUCGGAGGAUUCAUCCCGCAACCCAGCUCCCGAAGAGGAGAACCCCGAGAAGAAACUGUCCAAGAAGGAGCUCGCCAAGCUGGAGCGCCAGCGGAAGCGUCAGGAGGCGGCCGCAGCCUCCGCCGCCGCCGCGGUAUCUGCCGUGACCAUGGAAGCCGAUCCACUGGCGGAAAACUACGGCGAGAUCCCGUUGAACGACCUGCAGUCGAAGGAAAUUUCGGGGAAGAAGUGGACGGAGGUGAAAAACCUGGCCGCCGGGCUUAAGGACCAGGAAGUGCUGAUACGGGGUCGCGCGCAGGCGAUCCGGGCCGUGGGUAAGAAGAUGGCGUUCGUGGUAGUGAGGGAGAGGGGUUUUACGGUGCAGUGCGUCUUGAAUGUGGCGCCGGAUGUGGUGAGCCCGCAGAUGGUGAAGUUCGCCACUAGCCUGAGCAGGGAGAGUAUCAUUGAUGCUGAAGGGAUUGUCUCCGUCCCGGCACAGCCCAUCACUGGCGCGACUCAGCAGGUGGAGAUUCAAGUGAGGAAGCUUUAUUGUGUGAACAAGGCUAUUCCCACACUGCCCAUCAAUAUUGAGGAUGCGGCCAGAAGUGAAGUCGAAAUAGAAAAGGCCCUUGAGGCAGGUGAGCAGCUCGUGCGUGUAAAUCAGGACACUCGUUUGAAUUAUAGAGUUCUUGACAUGCGGACUCCUGCUAAUCAGUGUAUUUUCAAAAUUCAGUGUCAAGUUGAGAAUAUAUUUAGACAGUUUUUGCUGUCUGAAGGCUUUGUGGGGAUCCACACGCCAAAAUUAAUUGCUGGUUCUAGUGAAGGUGGAUCAGCUGUUUUUAGGUUAGAUUACAAAGGAACACCUGCGUGCCUGGCACAAUCACCUCAGCUUCAUAAACAAAUGUCUAUUUGUGGUGAUUUUGGCCGUGUAUUUGAGAUCGGACCAGUCUUCAGGGCAGAGGACUCAUUCACACACAGGCAUUUGUGUGAAUUCACAGGUCUUGAUGUAGAAAUGGAGAUUAAGGAGCACUAUUCAGAAGUGAUGGAUGUUGUGGACCGCUUAUUUGUGGCGAUGUUUGACAGUUUGAAUGAGACAUGUUCUAAGGAGCUUGAAGUUAUCAGUAGGCAAUAUCCUUUUCAGAAAUUGAAGUAUUUGCGCAAGACCUUACGGCUUACCUUUGAAGAAGGGGUGCAAAUGCUGAAGGAAGCUGGCAUUGAAAUUGAUCCCCUUGGAGAUCUCAACACAGAAUCAGAGAGAAAGCUUGGCCAGCUUGUACUUGAGAAGUAUGACACUGAGUUCUUUAUCCUUCACCGCUAUCCUUCGGGUGUGCGGCCAUUCUAUACGAUGCCUUGCUACAAUAAUCCAAACUACAGCAAUUCAUUUGAUGUUUUCAUCCGAGGUGAGGAAAUUAUAUCAGGGGCUCAGCGUGUUCACGUGCCCGAGCUCUUGACUGAGCGUGCACAGGCAUGUGGAAUUGACGUUAAGACGAUAUCUACAUACAUUGAUUCCUUCAGGUAUGGAGCACCACCGCACGGUGGGUUUGGAGUGGGAUUGGAGCGUGUGGUGAUGCUUUUCUGUGCUCUGAACAAUAUCAGGAAAACAAGUCUUUUUCCGCGCGAUCCUCAGAGGAUUGCGCCAUAA